UUAUCUUUCUCCUCGAUCUUGUUGUUGAAAUAACAAAAGGAUGCCACCCAAAGGAGGAAACGCAAAAGCCGAAUCCGGGCGCGCGAAAAAGGCGGCCAACGCCGACAAGAAGGCCGCCGAAGCUGCCGCAAAGGCCGAGGCCGAGGAGGCGUCCAAGUGGGACAAGGGGGCAAAGGGAAAGGGAGCAGCCGACGCCAAGGCUGAAAAGGCGGCGGAGGCCGCCAAGAAGAAGGCGGAAAAGGCCGCGCUGCUUGCAGAGGAGGAGGCCAACCUGCCGGACAAGCCGGUGAAGAAGGCGCCCACGGGUAAAAAGGCCAACGCGGAGCGAAAGGCUGAGAGCAAGGCGCCGGCGGGUCCAACUGGGAUCGACGAUGCGCUCCAGAGCCUGUCUGCGAGCAACAUUGACGACGCGCUCGAUGCGCUGUCGAUUGCGACGGAGAAGACCGACAAGGCGUCGCAGGGGACCAAGGCCGCGCAGCUCGAGCGACACCCUGAGCGAAGGUUCAAGGCUGCCUUUGAGGCCUUCAAGGAACGCGAAAUGGAUAGAAUCAAGCAGGAGAGGCCGGGCAUGCGCAGCCAGCAGUACCACGACGCCCUCUACAAGGAGUUCCAAAAGCACCCCGACAACCCCUUCAACCAGCUCACCGUCGCGUACGACGCUACAAAGGAGGAGAAGCUCGCAGCACUCAAGGGCAAGAAGGAUGCCGUCGAGAAGCGGCUGGCCGGCUAGACGUGCAGGCAGGCAAGCAGGCAGGGCCAACACUGUACAUCAGGAUUAAGAGUGAAUCAAUAGAGGUGGUGCAGGUGCGGUAAUUUAUGGCUAGGUUGACGACACUCUAUGGUUAGGUAUGAUGGUGUAGUUCCGAUGGGUCUAGUACUGAUGGAUAAGGACCUUGCCUGGCCCUGCGAGACCGGGACGAAUACCCUUGGAGCGGAAC